AUGAAUUGGAUGAAUGAGAGCACCCCCCAGGAGUUUGUUCUGUUGGGUUUUUCGGACCGGCCCUGGCUGGCGCUGCCGCUCUUCGUGGUGUUCCUGGUUUCCUAUGUCCUCACCAUCUUCGGCAAUGUGGCCAUCAUCCUGGUGUCGCGUCUGGACGCCAAGCUGCACACCCCCAUGUACUUCUUCCUCACCAACCUCUCACUGCUGGACCUCUGCUACACCACGAGCACCGUGCCCCAGAUGCUGGUGAACAUCGGCAGCUCCCGGAAGGUGAUCAGCUUCGGCGGCUGCGUGGCCCAGCUCUUCAUCUUCCUGGCCUUGGGCUCCACCGAGUGUCUCCUCCUGGGCGUCAUGUCCUUCGACAGGUUCGUGGCCAUCUGCCGGCCUCUGCACUACUCGGUCAUCAUGCACCACAGGCUGUGCCUGCAGCUGGCGGCGGCGUCCUGGCUCAGCGGCUUCAGCAACUCAGUGCUGCAGUCCACCUGGACCCUGCAGAUGCCUCUGUGUGGUCACAGAGAGGUCGACCACUUCUUCUGUGAGGUCCCCGCCCUGCUCAAGUUGUCCUGCGUGGACACCACAGCCAAUGAGGCUGAGCUCUUCUUCAUCAGCGUGCUCUUCCUUUUGAUACCUGUGACCCUAAUCCUUAUAUCUUAUGCCUUCAUUGUCCGUGCAGUGCUGAGGAUGCAGUCAGCGGAAGGUCGGCGCAAGGCCUUUGGGACAUGUGGCUCCCACCUAAUAGUGGUGACACUGUUUUAUGGCACUGCCAUCUACAUGUACCUGCAGCCACCAUCUCCAGCCUCCAAAGACCGAGGAAAGAUGGUGUCGCUUUUCUAUGGGAUCAUCACACCCAUGCUGAACCCCCUCAUCUACACGCUGAGGAACAAAGAGGUAAAAGGGGCUUUCCGGAGGCUGAUCGUGAAGGCCUUCAUCAUGAGAAAACAAGGACUGUCUAAGGGAUAG